UUUCUACUACAGGCUCAUGAGGCGCUUUCGAGGUGUGAACUGGACAAAAUGAGCCAAAUCUUAACUUCACGACAAGCUGAAGAGCUGCACAAAGCUAUUAUCGCAUACCUUUCAUCCAAUAAUCUACCCAAUACAGCAGCUGCCUUACGAGAAGAACUAAAUCUCGGAGAUACGUUCGAUGCUGCCACCUCCAAGAAAUAUGAAGGUCUCCUAGAAAAGAAAUGGACCAGUGUCGUCCGGUUACAGAAAAAGAUUAUGGAUCUGGAGUCCAAAAACGCCUCCCUACAAUCCGAGUUAGAUAAUGCGACACCGACUUCCCUUUCCAAGCGAAACCAAGAUCCGGCUAAUUGGCUUCCCCGAUCGCCACCGCGUCACAAAAUAGAAUCUCAUAGAGGCGCCAUUAACUGCGUCGCAUUCCACCCGAUCUUCUCGUCGCUCGCAUCCGGUUCCGAGGACUAUACCAUAAAAAUAUGGGAUUGGGAGUUGGGGGAGCUAGAACGAACGAUAAAGGGUCACACGAAGGCUGUGCUGGAUGUUGAUUUUGGUGGUCCAAGAGGGGGAAUUCUAUUGGCAUCCUGCUCAAGCGAUCUGACCAUCAAAUUGUGGGAUCCUUCUGAUGAGUAUAAAAAUAUUAGGACCCUCCCGGGACACGACCACAGCGUCAGUGCAGUUCGUUUCAUUCCGUCGGGAGCAGCCGGUGCACCGAGCUCGAGCAACCUUCUCGUAUCCGCAUCGAGAGAUAAGACACUACGCAUAUGGGAUGUAACCACGGGUUAUUGUAUUAAGACAAUACGGGGGCACGCUGAUUGGAUUCGAGACGUCUGUCCUUCACCAGAUGGUCGUUACCUUUUGUCUGCUGGACACGACCAGACCGCACGGCUUUGGGAUAUCUCGCUUGCCAAUCCCGAGAGUAAGUUGACCUUAGUCGGACACGAACACACAAUCGAAUGCUGCACUCUAGCACCUCCAGCCGCAUAUCAACAUCUAGCACCACUUGCUGGAUUGAAGAGGCCGCCACCAGUAUCUAGCACUGCAGAAUUCAUGGCAACAGGAUCUCGGGAUAAAUCGAUACGGAUCUGGGAUGCCCGAGGUAACUGUAUCAAAACCCUUGUUGGCCACGACAACUGGGUAAGAGCCCUGGUAUUCCACCCGGGUGGGAAAUACUUGCUCAGUGCUUCCGACGACAAAACACUACGAUGUUGGGAUUUGUCUCAAGAAGGAAAGUGUGUAAAGACGGUGGCGGACGCACACGAACAUUUUGUGUCUUGUAUGAGGUGGGCCCCGGGAAUUGUACGUGAGCCAGUGACAAAUGGCUCGUCUGAAGGACAAAAUGGCGCUUCUAUUAACGGCACUGCUAAAGCCGUCACACCCGAUGUGCAAAUUCGGUGUGUCAUCGCAACUGGAUCUGUGGACCAGAAUUUGAGAAUCUUUGCCAAUUGAAAUCGCAAGAAAAGUGUGUGAUAUGUCUUGGAAAGAUGCAUAGUUCUGGGUGUCACCUAACAGCUUUGGCUUCCGUCAAACUUGAGAUGCUGGU